UUUAUCGAUAUCAAGCCAGCAUUUUUGGGCGGUGUUCGCGUUUUGUUUUCGUUAAUUAUUUUGCUUGUCAAGCAGCCCAAGGACCCUGAAAAACAGCAGUGAAACUUACUUAAGAUGAAAAACCUCGAGAAGUGUCUAUUGGCAGUUGUUCUACUAUGCUGUCUAUUUCAAAUGGGCCAGGCCAUCAAGUGCUGGGAUUGUCGCAGCGACAACGACCCGAAAUGCGGAGAUCCUUUUGACAACAGCACCUUGGCCAUAACAGAUUGCCAGCAGGCACCAGAACUGGAGCACCUGAAAGGAGUAAGACCCACCAUGUGCCGGAAAAUCAGGCAGAAGGUGCACGGGGAGUGGCGAUACUUCCGUAGUUGCGCCUACAUGGGCGAGCCCGGAAUCGAAGGUGACGAACGCUUCUGUUUGAUGCGCACUGGCAGCUACAACAUCUUCAUGGAGUAUUGCACCUGCAACAGCAAAGAUGGCUGCAAUUCUGCGGGUAUCCAUCGCUUGGGUUGGAUGGGUGUGUUGUUCGGCACCCUGGUUUCUGUCUUUGUGGCGCAGUUUUUGCGGCAAUAGUUGCACGGGAUGCUUUUGUACCCGUAGCCAAUGCCUCUAACCGCCCAUUUUCUAAAAGAUUGUCAUUUCUCGAUAAAAUAGAUGAGCUUUCAUAUUGUGCCUAAUAUCUGGAUUAUUUUACUCAAAAACCAUGACAAAACCAAAACAUUUUGAAAGCUUUUAAAUCUUUUUUAACGAGUUUUGACAAUUUUUUAGUCAAUAAGCAAUCUGUAAUCAAGUGCCUUUAUUUACUGACUCGAAUUGUAUCUUAAACGUGGAAAACCAUUUCCGUCCUGAUGUAUCUUACGCACAUAAACUCUGUACUUUCUAAGGUCAAUCCUGCAAUCUUUUCGUGCCUAGAUUAAGUCUCUAGCAGCAUUACAAGUUAUUGUUGUAACGCAAAGACAAUUAGAACAUUUUUGUAUUUGAAAUAAAAUAUAUACACCCAAA